CCUCCCUCCCCCGGCGUCGUUGGAGCUUCUCGGCCGCCUGCAAUCCAACAUGGAGUAGAGAGAGAUGGGGCUCUAGCGGGGCCACCCCUCGGUAACAGCAGCGACGACGCGCUUUUUACGCACAACUGGAACCGGAGUCGUCGGUGAAAACAUGCGCCUUAGGACUUAAAAACGGAGUGUGUGCCCUGUGCGCCCGUGUGUGUGAGAGAGAGAGAGUGCGUGCGUGCGUGCGAGUGUGAGUGAGUGAGUGUGUGUGUGUUUGGGCAGGGAGGGGGGGGUAAUAGAAGACCGGAGCUGGAUUAAGCUACAAAAUUGUCCGUUCAUGCUAGGUGAUGGUGUGUUAAAGUUAUAGUAAAGCGGGCAUUCGCGAUCCAGAAGAAAGAGGGUGGCUCCGGGGAUAAAAGAGGAAAAUUUUAGGGGUAAAGAAGACGGAGGCGCAGCCAGUCGAAGGCAAGCAAAGAGCCGACACUCGCACAAAGGCGCAGGGGGGAUUUAUGCGGAAUUGGAGACAGAAUCGGAGGAGCCACGGUGAAAGAAUGACAAGUGAAAAGUAUGCAACCGCCGUGGUACAUUACCUGAGGUGAAACGAGAAAAUGAUAGAAGAAACACACCCAAACGAUGACAGCUACAUCGUACGUGUAAAAGCGGUGGUGAUGACGCGGGACGACUCGAGCGGUGGGUGGCUGAAUCAGGACGGGGGAGCUCUGAGCAGGGUAGGGGUGUGCCGCCUCCUGCCAACAGAGUUGGCACCUGUGUUGGGCUCCACCAGCUCCCAGUUCUUCAUCCGUGGUGAACGAAUGCGGGACAAACAGGUGAUCCUGGAUUGCCCGCUGAGGAAGGAUCUAGUGUACACCAUAGCGACGCCCACGUUUCACCAUUGGAAGGUGGAAGACAGAAGGUGCGGCCUAUCCUUCCAGAGUCCAGCUGAUGCCAGAGCUUUCGACAGGGGAGUUCGAAAGGCAAUUGAUGACCUGGCUGAAGGGUCCACGACCUCCUCUACGGCGCUCCAGAAUGAGGGGGAGCUGGGUGACGAUGACGUCUUUACUAAUACCACAGACAGCUCAUCCAACUCCUCCCAGAAAUUGGAGACCUCUCUGCAGCCGCUCGAGUCCUCGCCCCUUCCCCAGAGACACAAGUGCCCGCUGGGAUUUCGCCACGAUCCCUAUAGGCUCUCAGACCACUACUACUUGGACCAGCCAUUGUCUCGGAUUCCCCGCCAUGUCACCUUCGAGGACGAGGAAAUCGUCCGCAUCAACCCUCGGGAGCGCAGCUGGGAGCGGCCCACCGAGCAUCAUCGUGGACGCCACUCAGAUCGCUCCUGGCUCACCGGCUACGAGGACUACCGCCACACAACAGUGCGUGACAAAUUCAUCAACAUGGACGACCCUGAGCCCAAUGUCCACUUUGACAAGACAGAGGCGCAGAAGCACGACUACACGUACCCGCUGGCACCGGCCCUGUCGCCCUCAGACUCUGAUCCCUCCCUUGGACCCUUAAACAGUAAGGGCCAAAACGUCUCGUAUCGCCAGCAGUUCCCGUCUGUGGUGUCCAGUCAGCCUCGCUCCCUACUCCCGAGCUCCUCUUCAUCCACCAAUGGUGGGAAGGGGCGGAAGGAUGAAAGAAUGGAGCGUGCUCAGUGUGAGCACUGCGGUGAGGCUUUUUACCUCUCCAGCAAUCGGAGAGGCAGGUGCCAGGAUGCUCCAGACCCGGUGCGCACGUGCAUCCGACGGGUCAGCUGCAUGUGGCUGGCAGACACCAUGCUCUACCACUGCAUGUCUGACCCAGAGGGGGACUACUCAGACCCCUGCUCCUGUGACGGGGGCGAGGGUAGCGGGGGAGGCCGUCUGGGCACGCGCUGGUUAGCCCUGUUUGGCUUGUCUUUGGUGGCGCCCUGCCUCUGCCUCUACCCACCUCUCCACGCUUGCCACCGGGUAGGGCUUGCAUGCGGCUGCUGCGGAAGUCGACACAAGGCCCUGAGCUGAGCGGCCGUGCUUGGAAACCUCUCAGAGGGACACGACUCAAACCUAAACCCAAUGCAAGGACAGGGAAAGGGAAGGAUGGGGAAACGAACAGAAGGGACAAGUGGUCAUGGCUGCUUACUCUCUUGCCUUGUUUUCUCUGGGUUUCUCUACAAAUUCCAGACACUGAAAUAAGCCAAAAAAGAAAAAAACUGUUGGUGCAUUUUCUGAACGGCCUGGGAAGAUAAGCUCCCCCUUACGGCAGACAGUUCUCUCAGCUCUCCACGUGGCCAUUUGCUCUGUUUCUAGUGAGAGAGCACUCUUUUUCAGGGGGCCUUUUUUUUUUUUUUUUUAUAGCUGACCUAUAUGUCAUGUAUCACAUAUGCAGGUACUUUAUAUUGUUAUAUUUGUACACUGACUCGGCGUCAAAGAACUUGAAUUGUUUCUUUGUCCUGUUUUUCAUUCUCUCCUUUGAUGUACGCGUGGCCAUUUUGUUUAUACUCUAUUCCAAUAUCAGGCCCGCUCAGCUCAACUCCAGCAACACGAGACAUCAAACACUACAUCUCUUUGCGCAUGUGUGUUUGUGUGUGCGCGCGUGUGUGUGCGUUGAUGGUAUAUGUGCAUGCUUGUGCACCUAGGCCUUUUGUUGUCUGUACUGCAGCUUAUAGUAAAGCUCAUGUAUAUAGUCUACAUAGCCCUCCACCAUCAACGUCUUCUUUGUUCACCGAAGCAAACGUGGUACUCAUCUUAAUCUUCGUCUAAUAUCCCAAAGAUUCAAGCUUUCAUUCUAUUUAUUUUUCUCUCUUAAAUUGAUCCACCAUCAAAAGGGUGCUGGGCUAUGAUUCAUUCACUGAAUGAGACGGUGCUUCAAGUCACGCUAGCAUCCGCCCCUGCUCCUUUCAAACAUUAUUUCAAACAGUGCCUAAAAUCGCCUGAACCGGGAACCCACUGAGUCUUAUUCCAGUCAGAUUUUGGCUCAUUUUUACUUACAGAGCACUUGGAGUAGUGUGAUUUCUUUUUCUUGUUCUUUGCAGAACCUUAGCCAGCGGUCCGUGUUACAUCAAGGACUGAGAAAUCAAUCCGAUACCGUUUAAAUUGGUGCCCAUAUGCCUUAAAAUGUGGAGUCUCACUCAUCUCUUUUAAGAUGUCUGCUAUAACGAAAAGUGUGAGCUUGGUUAUGGCUCAAUCAAGCCUCACCACAUACUCUUUGAAUCUCCAUUUAAGCUAUUUUUGUAAUAAAAAAGAAACUCUUUAAAAAAAAGAGCGUGUAAACUAUGGACUUUAGUUUGCCUGCGAAGUACAAUCACCUCUCCCCCGCCUGUCAUUUAUGUGCAAAAGCAAAGGCCAAACUCGUACAACUCUAUUGAAAACAUCCAAAAUCACUCCAAAAAAAAAACAAAACAAAUGAAUGAAGGUAAAACAUUAAUGCUGACUUUUAAAAACAUGGGACUUGUGGGUUUUUGGGUUUGUGUUUUUUUCUGUAUGUAUGUCAGUUCAGCAAUGUGAUGAGUCUGAUUUAUAAAAUUGUAAAGAAAAGUUUGACAUUUUAGGAAGCACACACAGAUAAGACGUGCAAUAGCGUUGAUGUCUGUGUAAUAAAUAAAAAUGUAACCGAGAUGUGGGAUGUGGUUAGCUUAGCUUUGCGUAAACACUGGAAGCAGUAGAAUCGGCCUGUCUGGCUGUCUUAGAAGGCACCAGAAACCAUCCAUCAGAGGGUCUAAGUUGAAUCCAUACAAAAUGUUCAAUGUAAAAUCAGCAAGUUUUACAGAUAGUUGUGUGUCAGACUCUUUCUUGGUGGCUCUGAUGGUUAUAAAACAUACAUUUAAGGUGUUGUGCUUUAAUUACAACUUUCCAAAAUGUCAAACUAUUCCCUUAAGGGCAGAAUGUGGUGUUUUAAUCCAGAGAUUAACUUGCUGAAACCACAUGUGACACAUGUAUGUGCUGUUCUUCUCAGUCUUACAGCACUUGUUCCCCUCAAUCCCAGAUCUGUUGUAUCAUCCUAAGCACAAAGAGCGUAAAGUCAGAUGCUUGAAUAUGGCAUGACUACAUUUCAAAAAGAACAAAAAACGUUAUAGUCAGUUCAGUUGUCGUGCUUUGUUAUGCUGCAGCUGGCCCAUCACGCCUUCACAAUAAGAGCACAACACUAAAUGUACAACCACUCCGGUGCUGGAUGAUUCAUCUAAGCCUGGGUGAUGGCAGCAUUGAGGAUCAGAACGCAAACACAAUGAGAUUUUUAAAAAUAAAGAGACGCAGGACAUCAGCAGGAUCCCAUCGGAAAAGAUCAGGAGUCUGAAAAACGUGAAAUUCUGGAAACAAACAUCCAUCACUGAUUGUUUUGCCAAGGAAAUGUCACUUACUGUAGUCGAAGUACAGAAUGCCUGAGGAUGUCCUUUUUCCUUCCCCAGUGGUAUCUUUGUCAUACAUCCUGUCCUGUGUACCAGUUUGUAUGUUGUUGGUGUGUGUGUGUGUGUGUGUGUGUGUUGGCGUUUAUUCCAGAUCUGCUCAUCCUUUUCUGCUCCUUGAUCCAAAGCUACUGGGAUCAGCUGAAUAUGCUAUGACAUAUGGACACCUUCUGAGUAGAUUCAGAUCCUUUUGAUGAUCGAUCAGGGACAGGGGCCAAUCAGAUUGGAAAGAGUGUGCGUAUGUGUGUCAGCAUGUCAUCUUUUACCUCCAUCUUGUUUGGUGUUUGAGUGUGUUCUCACAUGCAGAGCCAUUUACAAGUGCCUGAACGCAUCCUCAUUAUCUCCUUGUGUAUUUAAAUUAAAAAAUUUAAGAAACAACUCCCUGUAUUGAAUUAGACCCAUUUUUUAUGCUUAGUAUUUUUACCUCUGUAAAAAAGAGCAAAAAAUUAUAUUAUAUAUAUCAAGUGUAUGUUGUACAUUUUUAUUUCUAUUUUUUUUAAAUAACUGUUUCUAACAUGUACAAUGGAUGUAGUUCUUGCUUUUCGAGAAGGAACAGGAAGUACUUUGUAGAUACUGAAGGGUGGCCAGGUUUGUGAGAAAAGUGAAAUGUGUGUCUUACCUUCCGCCUCCAAUAAAAUGAGAGAAAACAAUUUUUAAAAA